ACAGUGGAAUACUGUUAAGUUUUUUCACAUGUGAUUCAAUCGCACGGUGAACGUGCUGCACGCUGCGUCCUAAUUCAAAUUUCUAACAUUCACUAGUUUUAAUCGUAUUCUCCUGACUCAGAAUUUCCCCAGACGGUUGGCUCAUUUCUGAAUUCUCUUAUUAAAACGGAAUUCACUUUCGUGCUAGCUUCAAUCCUCUUCUACGAUUCGUCGUUUAUUUAUAAUUUGCCUGUUUCGCCGAGGCAACCAAUGGAGUCUAACCAGAGGGAGUUCGUUUGAGGUCAAACUAAUCGUAAGCUUCGCUGGCUACUCUAUACAGUGAAAGUCUCGAGGGCAGUUCAGUGCUCGACAAGUUGCGAGAGAGUCUAGAAUUUUUCAAAUAUUUCCGUGCCAGAGCUCAUCUUCAGAGGUUUAUUACUGUGCAUUUGUGAAUAAUGCCUUCUUACAAGUUGACUUACUUCAAUUUUACGGGCCUGGGAGAGCCUGUCAGGUUCAUGCUGAGCUACGCCGGUAUCGAUUUCGAAGAUGAACGGGUCAGCGACGAAGAGUGGCCGCAAUACAAGCCACUUAUGCCAAUGGAACAAGUACCGGUGCUAGAGAUCGACGGGAAAAAAUAUAAUCAGUCGUUAGCGAUCUGUCGAUUUAUCGCUAAGAAAUCUGACGUCUAUGGCCGCGACGAUAUCGAAGCACUGCAGAUCGACAGUGCUGUCAACAGCAUCAAUGAUCUGCGACAUGAGAUGGCCAACUAUUUUUGGAACACUCGACCCGAGUGGACGCCGAUCUUGAAAGAGAGAGCGUUUGAACGACUGGGAUUUUACCUUGACAAGUUCGAAGCGAUAUUGAACGUCAACGGCGGUUAUUUCGUGGGCAAAAAGCUGACGUGGGCGGACAUCUUUUUCGCUUCGUUACAUGAUUACAUGUCCUCCAUGGCGGAAAAGGAUAUAACCGCGGGUCAUCCCAAAUUGAAAAAUGUCUUCAACGAGGUAUGCAAUCUACCGAACAUCAAGUCUUAUUUGGCCAAUCGUCCGAAAACAAAAUUCUAAUCAAUCAGCUCAUCGUCAAGUUUAAUUACUACCUUUUUUUACCAAUAGACUGUACGAAUGUAAUAAAAAUUGUGAAAUCCUA